GAAAGCGCGUAAAAAGAUGCUCUUUCGAAAACGGGAAAUGCGCACGCCAUUUUCAUUCAAUACACAAAAAAAAUAACUUGUUCACGUAGUUAACUUCCGGUAUACCUGAAUCAAGCAAUCCAGCUCGGCACAUGCUUGGGUCCGUGCGGUUCGUGGUCCAUGCGUAUACAACGAGCUUCUUUGGUUAUAUCGAUAAUGCUUUGAGAAAAAUAACCGAUCAGUGAAACUAAGAGCGAAAACAGUAUCAAAUCGCAAGUGGAAAUCGACGAAAAUGGGCAAAUUUUACGUGCUCUACGAGCAUGCAGCAGGCUAUGCCCUUUUUGCAGUGAAGGAGUUUGAAGAAGUAGGAAUGUUGUUACCUCAGGUCGAGGCAUCUGUGACGGAUCUUUCGAGAUUCAACGGAGUUGUCAAACUCAUUGGUUUUUCACCCUUCAAAACUGCUCUGGCAGCUCUUGAAAAUAUCAACAGCAUUUCGGAAGGCAUAGUGCCAGAGGAUCUUCAAUUAUUUCUUGAUUCUACCUUGCCAAAACCUGGCAAAAAAGAAAAAUUGGUGUUAGGCGUCGGGGAUCCCAAACUUGGGGCCAGUAUAACCGAAGCUUUGGAUAUUAAAUGUGACCAUACUGGGGCUGUACCGGAAAUCCUGAGAGGAAUACGUUAUCAUUUUCACAACUUGGUCAAAGGCUUGACUGCCAAGAGCUCUGGCAUUGCUCAACUUGGACUUGGUCACAGUUAUUCCAGAGCCAAAGUUAAGUUUAAUGUCAAUCGUGUUGACAACAUGAUCAUACAAAGCAUCGCACUCUUGGAUCAAUUAGACAAAGAUGUCAAUACAUUUAGUAUGCGUAUAAGAGAGUGGUAUAGCUACCAUUUCCCAGAGCUCGUGAAAAUCGUUCCAGAAAAUUAUUUAUACGCUAAAGUGGCUCAACUGAUAAAAAAUCGAAAAGAAUUGACAGCGGAAAAACUGGAAGCGCUGGAGGAACUGGUGAUGGACAGUGGCAAAGCACAGGCAAUAAUUGACGCUUCGAAAUCGUCGAUGGGAAUGGACAUAAGCCCGGUAGAUUUGUUGAAUAUUGAAAUGUUUGCAGGACGAGUUAUUGCGUUAGCAGAUUAUAGAAAACAAUUGGCGGGUUAUUUGCGAGCUAAGAUGGCGGGUGUGGCACCGAAUUUGGCAACGUUAAUUGGAGAUCAAGUAGGUGCCAGACUCAUAGCUCAUGCCGGCUCAUUGACCAACUUGGCUAAAUAUCCAGCAUCAACCGUGCAAAUACUGGGCGCUGAAAAAGCUCUAUUCAGAGCUUUGAAAACUAAAGGAAACACACCAAAAUACGGUUUGCUCUUCCAUUCGACAUUCAUCGGUCGUGCUGGAACGAAAAACAAGGGAAGAAUAUCAAGGUAUCUGGCUAAUAAAUGCUCGAUCGCAUCGCGAAUCGAUUGUUUCACUGAUACACCUUGCAACGUUUAUGGCGAAAAAUUGCGCCAGCAAGUCGAAGAUCGUCUCAAAUUUUACGAGACCGGUGAUGUGCCCAAAAAAAAUAUUGAUGUUAUGAUGGAGGCUCUCGAAGAAGCAUCCAACGUCAUCGAUGACGCUGAAGAGCCAGAGUCUCCGAAAAAAAAGAAGAAAAAAGAGAAGAAACGCAAGAGCGAAGCACUAGAGAACGGUCAAACAAACGGCAAUAGCGUAACAUCUACAAAUGGCACUAAAAUCGAAGCAGAAAAUGAUGGUGAACCGGAAGCACCGCCUAAAAAGAAGAAGAAAAAGAAAUCGAAAAGUGUCAGCGAGGCGGAAUGAGAAGACAUUUUUUUAUCACGUUACGGCUCCGCAAUUUGCCGUGCUCGAAAUUCCAUUUUUCUUUCAUUUAUAUAUUAAUUUUAUAACAAAUAUGAAACACAGUAAAUACACCACGAUUUUGUAAAUAAGAACCAUGAACGUUGACUCGUAAUCGAGGUUUUUAUUUUUUCAAAUUAAUCGCCCGAUUCUCUGUCUUCAUUUCGAUAUGACUUUUCUUUUGUUUCUAAUAUCGAAUCAUGAAACAUUUAUGAUAAGACUCAAUAAAUGAGAAGGUUUCAUGGAACCGAAAUAUUCUAUGAUGAUCACAAUUUACCUCAAUUAUCUCCUUGGUUCUUGCAGAAAAUACAUAAAAUUGCAAGAAAAAACAGCGAAUCGUCGAUUAUUUCAAAUAGAACUAUAGUUUUUGUAUCUAUAAAAGAUGAAUGGUCCGUGUUGAGCCCGUGAUUCGUUCGAUUAUAAUAAACUGUUUACAAAUAA